GAUGUACGACGCAAGCUAUUAUAUUGGGGCACUUGAUGGAUGUGCUCGUGACUGGUACUGGGAUAGCCAAUGUUGUUGCAAUGCGUCACACCAGGCACAAAGACAUAUACACCACCAAGGACUCCCCAACUACAUUUCUCAGCACAAUGACCAUGAUGCGCUGUCUCUGCGUGCUGGUGUUGAGUGUGGUGACUGUCGCUGCCGUCGCCCCCACCAGUACACUCACACCCACCACCACCGCCACGCCUGUAGUGAACCACAUACAGAACUGUUACAUGGACAGUGAAACCACUAAUGUGCUCCGACUGGAACGUGCGCUGCAUGCUUUGUCCACGAAGGUGGAGUCGGUGGAGUCACAGCUGCGACAAAGCGAAGAAAGACUGUCAUCGAUGAAGUCAGAGCUAAGUGAUAAGGAUGCUUUCUUCAAGAAUAUUACCCGUUCUCUUGCAACACAGGCAACUGAUGUAGCAUACGAGGUGUCUCUGAGUUCCGAUACAAACCAGCCCCAGGAAACGCAUCUGAAAUUUGACCACAUCUUGUACAACCAAGGCGAUGCCUACAACAUGGCGACUGGUAUUUUCACAGCGCCCGUGUCGGGCACAUAUCUCUUUUGGGCAUAUGUUAUGUCGAAUGGAAAACCUAAUAUGGACGUCAGGAUCCACAAAGAUAAGAAGCUGAUUGGUCUUGGCCACACUCGUUUGGGCUCUCAAUAUGGCGUAGCAUCCAUCACCACAGCUACACACCUCCAUGGAGGAGACCAGGUCUGGAUGAGCAUCAAAGGAACAGGUGUUGUUCCACUCAGGGGAGAUGGAUUCUCGAGUUAUGGAGGGACGAUCAUACGCACUAAUUAAAGCAAAAUGCGUCGUCUCACGUCUGACCCUUGUUGUCCGUUGUUGGAACAGCAGUGACAUAUUAACUCAUCUUAAUUAUUAUUUUAUUCUGACAUAGAAUGAAAGACUAAUGAUAUAAUUGCAAAUUCCGAUCUAUUGGCGCUUCAACAGGCUCGUCUUCAUUUAUGAAAUCAAAUUUUCGCUGUGUAAAAAUUAGCAUAAAGUAAUAAGCCACUGCAAAUUCACACCGAUACAUGUACACUGGUCAAUAAUAAAUAUGUGGUAUCAA